CCUGAAUCUGUAGAGAAACAUUUUUCUCACCCUUGUUACCGUAGUUAUCACAUAACAAGUCCUGGUUCUGUUAGGAAUCAGAGUGGGUUCAGAGUGGUAAUUAGUGGUAGGUUUGCAGGUCUUACACGGGAAUGUUCUACGCAAUGGACUUAUGAGAAACUUUGUGAUUUAGUAUUGGGUUCUGAGAAUUUUAUUAUAAUCGCAGAAAGCAGGAAAGUUGAACUUUCUACGGGUUUUGGCUAA